AUGGUUGAUGUUCGAGAGUUUUUUAAGGCCAACAGUGGUAACAAGCCUAGUGCCAAAGGGCCCCCGAGAAAGAAGGCCAAAAUUGAGGAGGCAAAAUUGCCCAAGGGGGAUGCUGCGUCGCCAAUUGAUGUCGAUCUGGACGAUGACGACCUGGAGGGCCUCCUGGAGGCGAAGGGAGAGGAGAAAGUGGUGAAGAGAGAAGAGAGGCCGGCCGUGAAGAAGCAGCCGAAACAGGGGAUACAGAGCGCGGGCGGCGUAGGAAGCGGGCGGGCAAGCGCGGCGCCCGCGGGGAACGCGCAGGAGAUAUUGGCGGCGCUGCCUUCGGUGGAUCUGGACAGCGUGCAUGUCAAGGAGGGCGCGAAUUUCGGAUUUGGAGGCUCUGGGGAGUCGGGGGGGGACGCCAACGCCGAUGAUUUCGCGCAAGGCGCGCCCAACUGCCUACUGGGCUUGACGAUGGUGUUUACGGGUGUACUGCCCAACAUUGACAGACCGGCUGCGGAAGCCCUGGCGAAGAAGUACGGGGCGCGCGUCACGAAGUCGAUUUCGAGCAAGACGUCGGUCGUGGUGCUGGGCGACGAGGCCGGGCCGAAAAAGCUGGAAAAGAUCCGCCAGUUGGGCAUCAAGGCUAUCGACGAGAACGGUUUCCGGCAGCUGAUCAAUGCGAUGCCUGCAGAGGGCGGGAGUGGGGUGGCUGCAGAACGCGCGAGACAGCAAUUGAAAAAGCAAGAGGAGGAUGUCUUACGUGAAGCAGAGACGCUAGCACGGCAGGAGAAGGAGCGCGCGGCGUCGCGCGCAAGCAACGCCCCUGGGGGCCACGCGGCUCCAAGGGAGUCCGAUCAGCUGUGGACAGUCAAGUACGCGCCCACAAGUCUCUCGCAGAUCUGCGGCAACAAGUCCUCUGUUGGGAAGCUCCACAAGUGGCUCUCCGAGUGGGAUAAUAACCAACGCAACGGCUUCAAGACUCCUGGCCGUGAUGGCACAGGUAUCUACCGCGCGGCUAUGCUCUACGGGCCCCCUGGUAUCGGUAAAACGACGGCAGCGCACCUGGUUGCGAACGAACUGGGCUACGAUGUCCUGGAGCAAAACGCCUCCGACGUACGCUCGAAAAAGCUGCUGAACGAAGGCAUCAAGAACGCCCUUGAUAACACCUCUGUUAUUGGGUACUUCAACAAAAAGGAACACCGCAAUAGCCGUAAAUUUGUGAUCAUCAUGGAUGAGGUGGACGGUAUGAGUGGAGGCGACAGAGGUGGUGUUGGGCAAAUGGCCCAAUUCUGCAGGAAGACCUCAUCGCCGCUUAUUCUGAUAUGCAAUGAGAGAACUUUGCCAAAAAUGAGACCGUUUGACAGAGUUGUAUGCGAUAUCCAGUUCAGAAGACCGGACGCACAGUCGAUGAAGGCGCGGCUGAUGACUAUAGCGGUUCGUGAGGGGUUCAAGCUAGAUCCUACCGUGGUGGAUCAGUUGGUAGCGGCAACGCGAGGGGAUAUAAGGCAAAUUAUCAAUCUCUUGUCAACGAUAUCUACAACUACGAAGUCUAUAGGACAUGACAAUGCGAGACAGAUCUCCGCGGCAUGGGAAAAAAACAUAGCCCUCAAACCAUAUGAUAUAACCCAUAAGCUUUUCGAAGGCCGCAACUAUAGCGAUGCUGGGGCCCAGUCAUUUCCAUUAUACAAGAAAAUGGAACUUUAUUUCGAUGACUUUGAUUUCACGCCAUUGAUGGUGCAAGAGAAUUACUUAAGCACGCGUCCAACGAACCUAAGUCCUGGACAAUCGCAUUUACAAGCGGCGGCCGCCGCUGCGGACUCUAUUUCUGAGGGUGACCUUGUCGACAGGAAGAUACGCAGUGGUGAACAACUAUGGAGCUUGUUACCCUUCCAUGCUGUAAUGUCUUCUGUCAGACCAGCCUCCUUGGUUUCCGGCCAGAUGGCUGGAAGAAUCAACUUCACAUCUUGGUUGGGCCAAAACUCGAAGAGAGGUAAAUAUUACCGGCUGCUGCAAGAGUUACACUACCAUACAAGAUUGCGCACAUCGGCUUCCAAGGUGUCGUUUAGGUUGGAUUACCUAACUACACUAAAGCGGAGGCUCCUAAGCCCGCUUGUGGAAAAUGGCGGCGAGGCCAUUCCAAACAUCAUCGAAACCAUGGAUUCCUAUUAUCUAACGAAGGAAGACUGGGACGUCGUCAUGGACUUCAUGCUUGGAUAUGAAAACACUGAAGCUGCACUGAAGAAGAUCUCAACGAGCGACAAACGUGCAUUUACAACAAUGUACAAUAAGACGACUCAUCCCGUUGCUAUCAAUAGAACGGGCACGACCAUUGCUAUUAGCGGAAAGAGCGGAAAUGAUAAACCAGAUUUUGAAGAAGUAGUCGAUGCGGAUGAUGAGGUUCCUCCGGACAACGAUGAUGCCAAGAACGAUGAGAGCGCGGACUUGAAGAAGGACAAAUUGAUAAAGGAGAGGAAGCCCAGGGCAAGAAAAGCUACAGGCUCUUCUAAAGCGCCAGCUAAACGCAAAAAAGUCAGUAAAUAA